AUGCGCACGCGCAACUACUUCACAUGUCGCACGACCCUCGCGCCCGCGCAAACUAUGAGUUACGACUGUGAUAGAGUGCCAAUCAAACGCGAGACCACCGAGUGUCUUGAAGAGGACGAUUACUACGGUUACAUGCCCGUCGAAGUUAAACGCGAUACAGACAUGCAAACCUUCGUACCUUCUUCGCCGACCCACCUUAUGGACUUAAGCAAUGGAACAGACAGACCUCUCCAGCCGUGGACUGCGAACCUCAUAUUUGAGGAAGAAACUGAUUACCAGCAACAGUAUCAACAAUACGACCCGAUGUACGAACAACGCCAGCGACAGUACAGAACUUUUUACUUAGAGGAUUCCAACUCGCAGGACAGGGGUCCUUACUGCGAAGGGCAGGUGCCAUCGGCUGAUUCGUAUCGCGCAUCCACAGAGGAACGCAGCGAGGAAAGCGACGAACAAAGAAGAACCAAAAAAAGGUCUUCGAAGUCAUCGCGUAAGAAGACGCAAUCCUUCGAAGAGAUGCAAAUACAGAGAGUUAUGGCGAAUGUAAGAGAACGUCAAAGGACACAGAGUCUUAACGAAGCGUUUGCGAGUCUCCGUCAGAUCAUUCCGUCAUUACCCAGCGAUAAAUUAUCCAAAAUACAGACACUGCAACUUGCGACACAGUAUAUAGAGUUCUUGUAUCAGAUUCUAUCGAACAGCGAUUCGGCUGCCAGUAGUGACACAAGCGAUGCUGGUAGCGAGCACGGCAAAUACCUAGCUCAAGAUAAGCUAAGCUAUGCGUUUUCCGUGUGGCGAAUGGAGGGCGAGUGGACGAACGGACAAACGUGA